AAUAAAAAAAAUAUUGGAAAUAAAAAUAAAAAAAAAUUAAAUAAAUCAAAAUAACACAAAUCCUGCUGUGAAGUGAAGUUCAGUCAAAAGAAAAUCAUUUAAUUUUGACACAACGCAAAAAGAAAAUGUUUUGUGUUAUAAAAAGAAAUUUGUGUGAAAUAUUAUAGAUAGCAGCAAAUAGCAAAAAACAAGUGUGUACAAACGUGCAAAUAUAAAAAAAUAUAUAUAUAUAAAAAACAAUUUUAAAUAUAUCUCAAUAUACAUUGUAAAGCAAAACAACCAAAACGGGCACUCGUCUACGUGAACCCAGCGCCAAGGGACGCAGUCAGAGCAAAAUGAUCUACAUCGAUGACUCAGAGCCGGAAGGCGUUCUGGAGGCCGCUUUUCCAAUGCGCGAUGUGACCAUAAAUCGGAAUGUGGACGCGCAUAAAUUGUACGACGUGCUCGGCGAGGUGGGACGUGGUAAAUUCGGCACAGUGUACAAGUGCAGGGACAAGAAGAGUGGAAUACAAUUGGCAGCGAAAUUUGUGCCCAUACCAAAACGCGAGGACAAGCGGAAUGUGGAGCGUGAAGUGGAGAUUAUGAAUUCAUUGCAACAUCAUCUCAUUAUACAAUUGUAUGCUGCAUACGAAUAUCAGAAAAUGAUGUGCGUCGUCCUGGAACUUAUUGAGGGCGGCGAACUCUUUGAUCGUGUUGUGGACGAUGAAUUCGUGCUCACGGAACGCGUGUGUCGUGUCUUUAUACGUCAGGUGUGCGAGGCCAUGGCGUUUAUACACGGCAAUGGUAUUAUCCAUCUGGAUCUAAAGCCCGAGAAUAUUCUGGUGCUAACCCAAAAGGGCAAUCGCAUUAAGAUCAUUGACUUUGGACUGGCACGCAAAUUUGAUCCAGACAAGCGUCUGAGGGUGCUCUUUGGCACACCUGAGUUUGUGGCGCCCGAAGUUGUUAACUUUGACUGCAUCUCCUAUGGCACCGAUAUGUGGAGCGUUGGUGUCAUCUGCUAUGUGCUCAUUUCUGGUCUGUCGCCGUUCAUGGGCGAGAACGACAUUGAAACAAUGUCAAAUGUAACCAUUGCAAAAUACGAUUUCGAGGAUGAAUGCUUUAAUGGCAUAUCCCCGGAGUGCCUGGAUUUCAUAGCGAAGCUCCUUGUUAAGGACUUGAGCACCCGCAUGACAGCCGCCGAUUGUGUUAAGCACAAAUGGCUGCAACAACAUCCCGCUGCCACGCCCACAAAACAAGCAACAGCAGCUGGAACACCAAAAGUAACCAAGAGCGCCACAGUGAGCAGCAAGACGCGCCUGAAGUCGGAGUCGCCCACACCGCUAGCCUCGGAGUCUUCGGAGGAUUCAACGGAAACAAUUGAAGAUGCGGAUGAUGACGAGGACGAGGCGACGGAACAGGACGAGGAAAGCGAAGAGCUGGCGCAGCUGUGCAACACACAUGAGCUAGAGAACAAAGAGCUAGAUGCCACGAAGGAUAAUUUAAAGAAUUUCAUAGUGCGCUGGGAGACGCAUCCGAAUAGCCCGUACGUCUUUGACGUCGAGGGCAAUGUGAUAGCGCCAUUAAAUGAGACUAGUUACACGCAUCCGCGACGACCCCAUGGCCAGGACAGCAUCUCCUCAUCCCGAGUGUGCUCACCCUCACCGUGUGAAUCGAUAGCAACGCUGACGGACGAUGAGCAGGAGUAUGAGAGGCAGGCGGCGGCGGCAUUUGAGGAGGAACGACGCAGCGCGGACAGUCCCCAUUCGGUGGCCACCACGCCCAUCAACGAAUCCCGCGAGAAGUUGUUCCCGGCGACGGCCAGUGCUUCGGGCUGUGCCACGCCCACGCCGCAGCAUCUGUUCAAUGAGAACUUUGAUGAGUUCUCCGGCAGCGAAAGCAGCGCCCAGCAGCAGCGCAGCAUGAAAAGCUAUUUGCACACAUUCGAUCGUCGCAACUCGGACACGACCUAUUUGCUGGGACGGCGCAGCUCCGGGGAGCGCGUCAAUCUGGCGGAUGAGAUACGCAAGCUAUCCGAUCAUCUGCUAAUGCUCGCCGAGAUCAAUACCAAGCUGGGCGAUAGCAACAAUAAUGCGGCCAAGGAGAGCACCUUCACGCAGGAGGGCAACAAGUGGAUAAGCAGCACGCGCAACAGCGCCAGCGCCAGCCGAGCAACGCCGCGUGGCCAGCUGCACAGCGCCAGCAGCACCAGCAGCCACCAGACUCAAACGCGCUCCAAUGAUGGCCACCAGAAGAAGGUUAGCUCCCUGUCCGUGCGCCUGCAGCAGUCCAUUGAGGAGACGCCCAAGCUGAGCAAUGGCAAGAGCGACAACAGCUGGUCCAAGUCGCAGCAGUCGCAGCAGCUGCGCAGCCAGUCCACAGUGAGCACCAUGAGCACGGCCAAUACGAAGAGCCACGUGCAAAGGACCAGCACAAGCAGCUCCAAGUUCAGCUCUAGCAGCAGCAACAGCGGCAACCAUGUCUUCUCGGAGUCGGCGAGCAGUCGACGCGCCAAGUUCCGUAUCAAUCAGAUGAGUCGCGAUGUGCCCGUUGGCCUGCCGGAUACGCAUCAAACGGUUAAUCUGGAGGAGGCGGCCAAUACGACAAAGGAUUGCCUGCUGCAUCUGCUAGAGAAAUACAAUGAGACAAAGAUACGCAAUCCCGUGGGCAGACAUCAGAGCAUCAGCGUCGAUUGGCAUGUCAGCGAUAAUCUCGAAUACCGCUCCAUGAGCUCCAUCAAUGCCUUCUUCCAGCGCCACGGCCACAGCAGCGGCGGUCAGAAUGUCCGGCACAUACAGGCCCAGCUGGAGGAGAAGGCAACGGGGAAAUAGUGUCCAUUCAGUACCAUACGAAUACUGUAUAUAAUUUUUCAUUACUAAUUCAUGUACUAUACAUACUACAAGCAGGAAAGAACUAAAAGAAAACCAAAUCAAACUAAAAAUCAAACUUAGUUAAUCGCAGUUACAAUUUAGUCAAUUUCUAUGUUUGCAAAUGAAUCAAAUUAUUUAUGUAUUUGUCGUAAGUAAAAAAUGAUAUUAAUUUAUUGA